UCUGACGUAGAUUUCAGCCAUGACGCACACUGAACGGAUUUUCUAUGACUACCGCCCCCACACAACUACCCAAAGAUCUGGCGAUCCAUUUGCUUACUGUAUCUAUGAACUGUUGUCAGUUUUCAGCACCACCGGGCUGUCUAUCCCAUAACAAUUCCAGAUUACACGGACGUUAGUUCAGCACCAUAUCGAGGACAGCUCCUUAGAGGAUACAGCCCUGCUGUCAACUGAUUGUAUCCUGGGAUUUACUUGUUUUACGUAUCUUUUACCUUUGUUGUUGCUGUUGUGCACUUGCCAACAGUUCUGUGCGUUCUUCAUAGUUUUUAGCUAUAAAUCAGUUAUUGUUGCCUUGUUUACUGCCCGGAAGCUGAUAACAUUUUUUACGGAAGGAUGGUUUCAGCGAGAGCAGCAUUUAGCCUAGCAUUUCACCUUACUGCACUGUUUUUGUACCAGAUCCGUGCCUUUCCUACGCCCGAAGGGAUAAGCGAUAAGACUUUGCACAACAGGGAGUUAAAUGCAGAACGUCCUUUACGAGAGCAGAUUGCUGAAGCAGACAGUGUGAGUCAGACAUCUGUACCAGAAGGCAAUGCCUAUUCAGCAAAUAAUUCUGACUCUGAUGACUUCAACUUCUUGAAAUCAUUAGCAGAAAAGAAAAACGCAGAAAAGAAAGGUCAUCCCACAAGCAGUCUGUACAGUAAUGAAAAACAUAUUCCUGAUGAUGACACAGAUUCUACAAAGAAACGUAGGAUUGUAGAAGAUUAUGAUUCAACAAAAAGCAGACUUGAUUUUAAACUUCAAGAUGAUCCUGAUGGUCUUCACCAGCUGGAUGGGACUCCACUAACAGCGGAGGACAUUGUUCAGAAGAUCGCUUCCAGAAUAUACGAAGAAAAUGACAGAGCAGUCUUUGACAAAAUUGUCUCCAAGCUUCUAAAUCUGGGACUGAUAACAGAAAGUCAAGCUAACACUUUGGAAGAUGAAGUCGCUGAGGCUUUACAGCAGAUGAUUGCAAAUGAAGCCAAAAAUGCAGAAAAGGAAUCUGACGAUUAUGAUUACCCUCACAUCAAAACAACAGAUGACAUCGCAGAGAGCAAAGAUGAAAUGCUUUUGCAAAAACCCAGAAAGGACAGCCCAAAUGAAUCAGUGAAAAAAAGUACUGAUGUUGCGGUAGCAAAUGUCCAAGCUUCUCCAGGACAAGCAGAUGGAAGAAAUCAGCUUACAACUCAAGAGGACCUGGACGAGCUUCAGUAUUUUCCAAAUUUCUAUAAUUUACUAAAAAGUUUGAAUUCAGAGAAAGACAUGAAAGAAAAGGAGACACUGAUCACAAUAAUGAAGACAUUGAUAGAUUUUGUGAAGAUGAUGGUUAAAUAUGGGACAAUCACACCAGAAGAAGGAGUUACAUAUUUAGAGAACUUGGAUGCAAUGAUAGCUCUACAAACUAAGAAUAAGCUUGGGAAACAGCUAGGGCCUUCCAGCAAGCAGUUAUCAGUGGUAAAGAACAGCGAGGAAAUGGACAGCACAAAAGAAGAGUCUGCUAAAAUGGAGCAAGAAUAUGAAGCUCUUAAAGAUACAACAAAGAAGGAAGGACAGAAAACACAUCUAAAAGGCCCAAGCAUGCAAGAAUCAUAUUUGCAAGCAAUCAGAAAAAAUAUUGAGUGGCUGAAGAAACAUAACAGGAAGGGCACAAAAGAAGACUAUGACCUUUCAAAGCUGAGGGAUUUUAUUGACCAGGAAGCGGAUACAUAUGUCAACAAGGGAAUUCUGGAGAAGGAGGAGGCAGAUGUAAUCAAGCGCAUCUACAGCAGUUUGUAGAAAAAGACAAAGAAAACUCACGAAUGUGGAACCUCAUAGCAACUGCAUUACAGCUCCACUUACUUCUGGCUCUGGGCUGCAAAACAUACUGUGUUACUACUAGAAACUGUUAGAAAGCACUUCGUAGAAACUGUAUUUGAAUACUUUUAUAGCUAAUACUGAACAUUUCUGUGUCCCAGUCAACAGUUUUGUACUAGUUGUAAAAAAACCUGAAGACCAAAUAUUAGGAAACAUUUGUUUGUACAUAUUCAAAAUUCCACAAGAUCAAAUACAUCCUUCUGCAAGAAAACGUGACUUUUAGGAAUAUGGCAAAUGAUUCAUAACAGUGUAUUUUUAGAGGCUGUACCUUGUCUCAUGGGAAGCAUUACUUGAUACUGCAGCAUCCUGUAUUGAGUAACUUGGGUAUCAUUACUGUAAAAAGAGUACUCCGAGUGCGUGAUCAGUUGUCAAAUGCUUUAGUAGUUGUAUGGAUCUCUCUAAUGCUACCAUUCUUAAUUUUAAUACUUUAAAUGCAUUCAUUUUUAUUAUAUCCCUUAAAAUAAUAUUUUGAGUAUGCAUAUGUUUGACUUUCUGUUCUAAUGAUUGUGUAUAAAAUAUGUGUGCCAGCAUAAGUAUUUUACCCUAGUCAAGUUGCACUGUGUGGAACAGUAUAAAAGCUUUCACUAAAAUUGCUGUUGAAGUUCA